CUCGCUCCGCCGCCCGGCCCGCCCGAAGAGAACCCCGCGCUCAGCCGCCCCAGCAAGCAAUGUCCGAGGAGGAUUAUGUGUGUGUGAAGGCUGAGGAAGAGGAUGAAGCAGUGAUUAUGGACCAUGGAAACAACAGACUGUCCACACAAAGCUGCGUGCCAGUGCAACAGAACUCGGAAGCAAACAGUGCCGUUCACCACAUGAGUCAAUUUGCCUAUGGAAGCGAAGGCUUGCCAAUGCUUGCUGAUCAAACAGCCUCACAAAUGAGCCAUUCUGCAAUGAUGCGGAGAGGAAAUGGCCACAGCUCUGAAAAAAUGGAUUUUGUUUUUAUGCGUAAUAAAAGGAAACGACUUUCUCCUGCUGUAGUGGAACACAAUGUGAUGAGAACCAGGGAAGAAGAAUAUGAAGAUAAUGACAGUGUCGUUUAUGAGUAUGAACCAGACUAUGAAUGUGAGAGUGUUUUAUCUGAAGCUUCUUAUAUUGGAUAUCAGCAGAAUACUCUUAUGGAGGUCCUGAGUUAUUGCCAGGCCAUGUAUGAUGCCAUUCAGAAGUUGGAUAAAAAAUUUGACCUGCUUCAUCGUAAGGUCUCAGAAAUGCAGCAUACUCGUAUAAAGCCGUUGUUGCUCAAACCUAAACCAGUUGGAUUUACAUACAGAAGUUCCAGUCAUUUGCCUCCAGGAAAAAUAAGAGUACAAAAACACAUGGAAAGGGAUUUAAGUCUUCGCCUUUCUUCGUCAGGCCAGGGAAAGCGUAGCCCAGUUGUGAGGGCUGCUUUGCAAAAUGGCCACGUUCAAGUCAAUUCCGAAUGUUGUGGAAAGUACUGUCAAUGGUGCAUCUUCACCUGUGGCAUCGCCAUCGAUACCAACACCAUCUGA